AUGCUACAUCUUAAAACACUAAGGUUAUCUCUAGGAGCCGUGGUAUUGCUAUCCACGUUCUAUCUGUUGUUUGUAUAUUCUAAUGGUAAUGCCAUACUCGAAACGACGGCAAAGCCAAGGACAAAAUCAAAUGCAACGACGUUUAAACAAAACUCAUCAAAAGAUUUAUACAGUUUACAUAUUACUUCUAGUGAAAAAUUGAAAAAUGUUAAUGAUAUGGAAAAUUUCAAUAUUCAAAGAACUGAACACUCGAGAGAUCUCAUUGAUCGAGAUUCUCUCUUGUAUUCCGCAAAACAACAAUCUCAACAGUGGAUCAUUAUCGUGACUCAAGAGAUUGGGGAAAGUGUUUCCCAUAUUUAUAAAUAUGAUACAGCUUCACAACCAGCCAAACUUGUGGAAAAAUUCUCUUCAAGGCUAGAUUUGGAACUAGUAGAUUUGUCAUCCAAUUUGAGACGUUCCAAUGCCGGGUUGAUAAGACAUAUGGAAUAUUUGUUACAAGAGAUUCCCGUCGAGUAUAGAGACUUGACCCCCAUUGUGAUAAAGACGAAUCCUAUUUUGAGGGAUAAUGGUGAGAGUUUAGAAGAUUGUGCCACCGUGAUGGAAUCAAUUAGAGAUUUCAUGGAACAGUUCCCCACAUUUAUCCCCAUCAAAGGUGACGGGAUUUCGAUUAUAGACGAUUUAGAAAAGGUUAGUUAUAAAUGGUUAGGUUUGUCAUUUUUGCAAAGACACAGAGCAGGGAACAAUAUAAUCAUAGACUCUACAGAUGAUUCUAUAUCUAUGGCUUUCCCCAUGGAAAAAGAUACCCAUCAAUUAGAUAAGAGGAACUUUUUCAACUAUGAAGACUUGAAAUUAUUUAGAAUGGCAAAUGAUAAGUUUGCUCUUACUCAGAUUAGAAAUUUAAUUAAUUCCAAAUUAUUACAAGAUGCUAUUCAAUCAAAUACUAUUGAUGCUACUCGGAAUAAUUCUCCACAAGAUUUAGAAACCCCUUGCCUUCCACCAAAUGCAAUCUUACCAAACAAUUUAGUACAAUUACCCAAUGGUAAAAAAUAUUCGAUAAAUUUCAUUGGUUCCAAAGAUAACAAUAACGGUGAAGACUGUAAGUUUCUCAUCCAAGAUCUCUUAUUCUCUUCCAACUCUAAACCUUUCUUACCACAAGAUAUUGCUCAAUCCAAGAUCAUCCCUUCAAAAUUAUCUCACCAGAGCGGGGAUAUAUACCUGCUAUCUAACUUCUAUAAAAUUUUCCAACCAUUAUUAAACUUCUCCAAUCAGCCAUUAAAUGGAUUCACAUUAGAAGAUGUAAUGGAAUUGACUAAAAAAGUUUGCAACAAUGAAUUUAUGUUAAGUCAUUCUACAGAUAUCAAGGAUGAAUUCUACGAAAAAUUAAUCAACGAUUCCAAUUGGUGCCUAGAUCUUUCAUACCAUACUUCUCUAUUGAACAAAGGUUAUGGGAUCCCAUUGGAUCAAAAAUUAAAUGUUAUUGAUACCAUACAUGACCACCAAAUCGAUUGGGCUUUGGGUGUAUCCUUACCAUUAUUAAACCCAACUAAUUGGAUUUGA